UCAGCGCAAGAUGGCGGCGGGCGCCUCGGACCCCCUGGAAGAGAUGCUGCUCUUCUCCGAGGAGGUGGACGAGAAGGCGGUCAGCGACCUGGUGGGCUCCUUGGAAUCGCAGCUGGCCGGCGGCCGGGGCUCCGCCGAGGCGCCCCAGCCCAGGACCUCCGCCCCGUCCCAGCAGCAGCAGCCGCAGCAGCAGCAGGGGAGCUUAGCGGGGGGCAGCAGCCCCGUCCGGCAGCAGCAAGGGCACCCCGCUCCUCCCCCGGCCCCGGCGGCAGAGGAGGCGGCGGGGCGCCCCGGAGCCGCGGAGAGCCGAGCCCCUGCCCAGGGGCCGCUCCCGUCCCCGUCCCCCCCGGCGGCAGCGGCGGUGUCGGCGGCGGCGGCGGCGGCGGCAGGGCGGGGAGUGAGUGUAAACAGUAGUAGUGUGCAGCAAUCACAUGGAGCCGCUCUCCUCAGCAGCAGCAGCAGCAGCAGCAGCCCCGCCGCCCCUGCCCCGCCGCAGCCCGCCGGCCCCCCUGCCCAGCCUGUCACCACCACCACCACCAACCACCCCCAUGCGGCUGCCCGGGACGCGGCCAGCCCCGACCCCGGCGGCAGCCCGCCCGCCGCCGACUGCCCGUCGCCGCUGCGGGCCGAGGCCGCGGGGGGGAGCGGGGCGGGGGGCGGCGGGCGGCAGGGAGCCGAGGAGGAGGAGGAGAGCACCCUUGCUGCCGCCUCCUCAACGCCCUCGGUGCUCCCCGGCGAGGCGGCGCCCAACGGGGAAGGCGCCGGGGGCCGGCCGGCGGCAGUGCCCCCAGUCAGCAACCAUCAGAGCCGCGGCAGCGCCGACGCCGCCCCGGCGCAGCCCAAGCCCUCGCACGGCCCGCUUCCCGCACUAAACGCGCUCGGCAACUCCGCCAGCCCCGCGCCCGCCGCCGGCGCUGCCACCCCGCCGGGACAAGGCUCGGUCGCCAACUGCGCCCCGCCGCCCUCCGCCGCGGUGGCGCCCGGUGGCGGCCCCAAGCCCGCGGGCGUCGCCAAGGCGGGCGCUGCGCUCCCCGCCGCCCCCCAGGCCCUGUCGCCCAGGCCGGCGCUGGGCGCUGCCCCGAGGAUCGUGGCCCCCCAGCUGAUCGUCAGGCCGCCGCAGCAGACCACCAUCCAGCUGCCGCCGGGCUUCACGAUACCGCCGGGUAUGGUCUUGGUGCGCACGGAUGCUGGACAACUUGUAAUGGUGCCUCAGCAGGCUCUAGCACAGGCUCAAAUGCAGGCUCAAGUACAAACGCAGGGACAGGGUCCUACCAGCAUUUCACCUAGACUUUCAGUGCCCACAAGUGGCCCAGUUUUUCGCCUGUCAACAGCUCAGCAACCAACUUCUGUAGCCACAUCUACUGUCCGCCUAGGACUUCCAGUGCAAGCCAAAGUUGUUCAAUCAACUGUGACACCUGUUAGUGCUACGUCCGCUGCAACUCUGCCAGGAGGCUCUAUUCUUUCACAUACCACAGUAUCAGUAGUUUCAACAAGUGCUCAAAAUGUAUUCAAGACCACAGUAGCAACAGUAGGAACAUCAGCAUCUCAACAACCUGCAGUAAUUACUGGUGGACAAACUCAAGCUUCAGCACAGACGCAGAGUCAGCCUCGGCUGCCACUUCCACCUCAUACAACAGCACAAGUACCAGCACAGCCUCAAGUAAUACCAAGCUCUCCUGUACCUGGAACUACAGUUGUAUCACAGGAAAUGCAAGAAAAUGUGAAAAAAUGCAAAAACUUUUUAGCUACUCUUAUAAAACUUGCUUCUCAUAAUUCACCUUCUCCAGAAACGUCCCGUAAUGUGAAAGCUCUGGUUCAGGAUUUGUUGGAUGCAAAGAUUGAUCCAGAAGAAUUUACAGGCCGCCUUCAAUCAGAACUCAAAUCAUCACCCCAGCCAUAUCUUGUACCUUUCCUUAAGAAAAGUCUACCUGCAUUGAGACAAUCUUUACUGAAUAGUCAACAUUCAGUUUUGCAAGGACAGCCGUCUCAGCAGUCACUUCAACAAACCAAGCUAUCACAAGUUAUACCUCAAUCUGCCUCUGGAAGUAUUUCCUCUGUUGUCACAACGCAGACAAUAGGAAUAAGGCAACCAAACAACAUUUGCACAGUCUCUGUAUCAAAUACAGUGCAGCCUCCUCAGGUUAAGGUGGUACAGUCAAAUCAGAGUUCUCAACUGCAGAUUAUCCAGUCAACAUCUGCUCAAACUGUGAAACGAAACCCUGCUUGCCAGACUACCCAGAUUAGGAUGCCAGUGGUAAUAACUCAGACCAUUAGACCACAAGGCACAGUAGGGAAGGCACCAACAAUACAAGCCAGCAAAAGUCCUGGGGGCUUUGGUGUUCAGGUCUCUGCAAAUCAGAAAAACAAGCUGAAUGACCCUGGAGGUGGUUCUUUCAGAGAUGAUGAUGACAUCAAUGAUGUUGCAUCUAUGGCCGGUGUUAAUCUAAAUGAAGAAAGUGCCCGAAUUAUGGCUACCAACUCUGACUUGGUUGGAACCCAGAUACAGUCCUGUAAAGAUGAACCCUUUCUUGCUGCUAUACCUCUACACAAACGCAUACUUGAAAUGGCUAAAAAAUUAGGAAUUACUGAUGUGCCAGCUGAGGUGGUUACUUUUAUUUCCCAUGCAACACAAAACAGAUUAAGAACAGUGAUAGAAAAAGUAACGGUGAUAACCCAGCACCGCAUGGAAUCGUACAAAGAUGAUGAGUGGUAUGAACAAGCUACAGAUGUCCGAUCACAGCUAAAGUUUUUUGAACAGUUGGAGCGUUUAGAAAAGCAAAGGAAAGAUGAACAAGAAAGGGAAAUCUUGCUAAAGGCUGCCAAGAGUCGCUCAAGGCAAGAAGACCCAGAGCAAGCUAGACUGAAACAAAAAGCAAAGGAGAUGCAGCAACAAGAACUUGCACAAAUGAGGCAGAGGGAUGCUAAUCUAACUGCGUUGGCGGCUAUCGGUCCCCGGAAGAAACGGAAGCUUGAUUCACCUGGACUGCUCACCAUAGGAGGAGAGGGCCUCAGUAUGUCUGGUGGAAGUCAGGCUGGCUUGGGGACUCCUUCAUCCAGGCAGUAUGCCCGACAGAAAAUAACUCGCGUAAACCUCAGGGACUUCAUCUUCUACAUGGAACAGGAAAGAGAAACGAGCCAUUCUCUCCUGCUCUAUCGAGCUCUGCUUAAGUAAAGCCAAGAAUUGUACUGAUUUCUCCAUACAGAAGCUCAACUUGCAUUGAAAAGCUGUCAUUUUAAUGUGCCUUCUAUUUUUUUCAAAGUCAAUGUUUCAGUAAUUUUGUUUUGUAAAAUUGUCAGACACAUGCAAUAAAUUCCCUUUAUGUAAAAAAAAAAAAAAAAAAGGAGAAAAAGAAAAAAUGUGCAAAAGGUUUUAAAAUGUUAAAUCCACAGAUGUAACCAACUUCAAAGUCUUACUACAUUUGGCCAUUUUAGAUGAGGCUAAAAUAGAUGGCAUUGAAGUUACACAAAUGGCAAAACUGCUGCAAUGGCUUACAUAAACCAUCUCAUACUAAGGAGGAUUGGGACAGGUUCACAGAAUUGGGACCUAACCAGGGGAUUAACCUUUUUGUUCACUUACAGUGCUGGUUUUCUUUUCCUUUUAGGUUUACUAGUACUGUUUCCAAUGACUAACCAUGGUGAUACCUGAUGUUAUUUUAGAUUAGUUCUAAUUGCAUUUUUUUGCACAGCUAAAAGAAUAGCCAAUGCACAUUCUCACAAAUUUUAUAUAUUUAGGAUUUUUGCUUUUACUGCACAGCUCUUUUCCUGAGCCAUUUGCUGAACCAAAUCCUAAGUGUAUGAAAUCUGUGCAUUUGGGUCCCAGUGGAGUUACCUUGACUAGCUUCCAGUUGUUUUCUGAAUCUAUUCAACCUUUUGCACAUUUGUAGCAGCUGGUUAGUAACAUGAAUCAUUUUUAUUUUCUAAAAUCUUAAUUUAUUUAUUGCAGAGUAUGGUUUAAUGGUGGUUUUAAAGGAGAGUAUUGUUCAGUAAAGGUUUUAGAGUAUUCUAUAUGGAUUUUUCAAGUCACUGUAAAGGAAGUUUCUGGGAUCCAGUUCCACUUUUAGUAGCUGUCACGAGAGCAGAGGUGAGCCCUGCGAGCUUGGUGCCACUGGGCGGUCGGGGCUGCGCUGCAGGGACUGGUGAUGCUUUGCCUUGGACGAUUGGACCUGAGGACUCCAGUCCAGAGAGGCUCAUGAACAAGUGCAUGACUUUAAGCAUAUGGGUAGUUUUAAGUACUUAAAGGUGGGAGGAAUGCUUUUUAAAUGCUUUGCUGAAUUGGAAUUUAAGGGGCCCACACCAAAGCCAAGCAAAGUUAGUGUGAGUCUUUUAAAUAGGUACAGAUAGGAAUGCUAAGCAAGAAGCUGGGCACAAGUUGUACUUCAAACCUAACAGUAUUAUCAGUAACCAUGGAAGGGAGACAUUUGCUUAUUUAUCUUUUCAAUUUUUACUAUGUUUUGCUUGCCACUUUUUUGAGGCAAUGUUUUUUUUUUUGAUGGGAAACCAUAGCGAAAGCACAAAUAGAACUAUUUGUCCAAUAGUUUUAAAAACGAAAGUUUUAAUUAUUUUUUAAGGUUUAUGAAAAGCAGAAGAAAAUUUAUACUGCUGCUAUUUAGCCAAAAGAUUAUUCAUAAGGUAUUUAAGGCCAGGAAGUGUAAAAUUAUGUUUUAAAUGUAUUGAUAAUUUGUACAUAUUGUUUAUAAAGGCCUUGUGUUUAUUAGAAUUACGUUAUUUUGAUGAUUUCUGUACAUACUCGUAAAUACCCCCAAUUUGUGUGAAAACAUACUCCCUUAUUUGUACUUAUUUUGUAAAGAAAUAAAACAAUUUACUAAAAUAACACAUCGAGUGACAUACAGUAUUAAUUUAUCAAACAUGAAUUUCACAUUGUCUUGUAGUUCUUAAGCACUGUUCAGAAACAUUUUGCAUUAAAAUAUUAACAGAAUACCCACAAAGAAAUACUAAAACCAAAUACUCCAAUGUUUUGUUGUGCUGAUUCUUAUCCUUUGUCAAACAUCUAAUAAAAUUGUCAACAAACCUUGAUGCUAUUAAUACAGUGAAUGAAUGCACUCAACAGUUGCUUUUUUCAAAGCAAUUAGUCCAAUAAGCACAACAUAACAUUCUUUCACUUUUUUUCUGAGACUUGGGAGCCAAGUGGUGUAACAGGGUUGUACAAAAAGUGCUAGCAAAGACUAAUGUUCUUCAAGCCACAGUUUCAGUGCUCAGAAAAAAAAAAAAAAAGAAAAAAAAGGAUCAGAACAAUUUUGUUCCAUCAAAUUAGGUUAAAACCAGACUAUGUUUACUUUUUGGCCUUCAUAAUAAAAACAUUUGCUGGCUGCACACCACAGUUUUAUUGGAGUUUCUAUGAUAUUUUAAAACCUGUUUUAGUGACACUGAGCAAUGUUCUUAAUUAAGUUAUGUUGCUAUGGUUUAAGGCCAGAAGUAGAAAUUCAAAUCAGUUUAUGCUGAUAUUGCUGCAUAAGAAUACAGGGAAAUAAGUAAAAAAGAUAUAAAUGAAACUGUAAUAAACUUUAAAUAAGUGACCUGAAGUUACUAACUAAAAGAACAUGUCCUAGCUUAACUUUCUUUUUUUUAAAAAAAGGCAUAUUCCUUCUAACAAAGUGAUUGUUUCCACAUGUCUUCCUUGCCUUAGUGCUAUUUUGCAGUUAAUGUGAUGUCAUGGCUCAAACUUUCCAUCUCAAGUUCAUAUUUAACUCGGUUGGCGCAGCCUGGAACUUUUCAUGAUGCCACCUUUGCAAACUGCUGUAAGUACUUGAGCUGCUUUAUUGAUCUAUUUAAAAAAAUACGGUAAACAGCAAACUGAAGAAAAACAAACCAACCAACCAACCACAAAUACUUCAAAUGGCUUUCUACAUAUAUCUGAAAGCAUCCUGCUUCCAAGCUUGUGAGAGAGCUGUCUGCCUGGAACUUCAAUGGGAGCAGGAUGUGCUCAGCACCCCGCAGGUACUCAGUGUCCGGUCCAGCUUGCAGACAACCUGUGCUGACCUCAGGGAGGUUUGCCUGAGUAAGAAUGGCAGAACUGAGCAUUUUUAAACGUAAAUGUGACAUGUUCACCUUUAUCCCCUAGCUGAGAGGUAAUGAAUGGAAGAGGAUACACAGACAAGAGUUCAGCCUCUGCUAGUACUAAGUAUCCCUGGUCAGGAGUGCAGGACAAAAGUGUAUAUAGGCUAAAAACAAGAAGCUGAACAGAUUAUUUAAGUUUUGAACUUAAAGUGAACUCAAUGUAUGAAAGUAAUAAAUAAAACACCCUUUUUUUCUUUUCUUUUUGUAAGACAUGGCUACAUCAAGCUGAACGGAGCAAAAGGCCAGAGGAGACGCAAUCAAAACUUCUCACCUUUCAAACAACAGGGGAAAUACAGUGAGUGUUCCACCCUACUUGCUUAUUUUUGAUCGUUUACUUUACAGAAAUGUUUAUGGCAUGAAGUACUGUAUAAGAAAUGUGCAUACACAAAUACAUGACAAUUAUACGUUAAGUUCUUUACAAUAUUAAAUGUAUAAUAUACAAUUCUACAGAUAUCUUACAUACAAAGGUGAACGCUGUGCCAUAUAUUCAAAUAUGGCAAUGCCUAGGAACUUUAGAAUGUCAUACAAGUAUAAAACCACAAAAUAAAAUAGCUUUACAACUCUUUUGAAGUAGACAGAUUUGCUCAACUGUUCUGCUAAGUUAGCAGGCCAAUAUGUAUAGGCUAAGAUUUUCAUAAGAGAUCUCUGGUUUGGAUAAGCAAGAUGAAAAAACCUGCAGAGGUCUGAUUUUCUAUGGUCAGGUAUCCAGCACUUUUCCAAAAAUUAGACCUCUGCCUAGAUUGUAACUUGGAUAUUUAGUACAGCUCAUCGCUUUUGAAAAUAUUAGUCUUAAACUUGAAUCUUUAUUUUGUCUGAUUGCAAUCAUUAGGUAUUAAAGAAUUGUUGACCAUUUAAUACUGUUAUAUAUGGCUGUAUUUACUCAUCUAAAAUGUUUAAUUAAAAUUCAGCAUCUACAACAGUAUUCUAUAACUUAAUGUGGGAGAAACUAAAUAGUGAUUAACACAUGAAUUAGUUAUUAAGGACCCAAUCAUGCUAAACAGCAAUAAACAGGAUUUAGCAGAAUGCUAUUUAUAACCUUGCACCUGCAAACAUGGUGCUGUCUCCUGAGUUAGGAAGCCCUGUAAGUCAGAGUCUCGAUACUGAUUCAUGAAUGGAAGAGUAACCUCCUACAGACCAUGAGCUUCUUUAAAAAUACAAUUAAACAGAUAGAGGGCAGCUACAGAAUCAGUAUUUUAAUAAUAGUUUAAAAUAAUAGAGGAAAAACACUCUAAACAAAACGUGACCUGCUUUCAUCAGACAGUGGAAGUAGAGGUUUUUAACAUCUUUUUGCAAAAAUUCCAGACCCAUAAAGAAUAGCUUGUCCAAAAUUCUUAGUGUUUCCUCCUAAAUGUGGGCUUAUAACAUGGUUAGUAAAUGAACAACAAGAGGUGGCAGAGCUUGCUUGGGAGAACCACGCUUCUUUGAUGAUGCAAAACUUAUAGUUUCUGAGUCAAAACACGACUGGCUUUAAGAGAACUACAGCUCCACAAUAGGUAUGUGGCCCUUGUUUGAUGGUAGAUGGAGUUUUAUUUUGUGCUUCCAGAUCCCUACUUUUGCAAGUAUUGCCAUAAUUGGCCUCAUCAAUUUUUUGUUGCUUUUUUUGUUUGGUCUGUUUGUGUGUUUUUUAAUACUGAGCACCAGUUGACUAUAAAUUGGUCCUUUUCUGGUUCCGGAUUCUGUCCACAGAGAUACUUCAGUUGGAAAUGU